AUGAACCAGGGCAUCAAGAAACUGCGCGAGUACUGCUCGUCGAUGCAGCAGUUCUUUAGGAUCUUCUCCUACUCGACGCCUAUCGACCGACUGUGGCUCGUCAUUGCUGCACUAUCCUCUGUGGCGACUGGCACCACCAUUCCAUUAAUGAACAUCAUCUUCGCAAGACUGGUCAAAGUUUUCACGGCUUUCUAUGCCCGUUACUACACGGGGUGGACUCCAGAGCGCUUUCGUGAAGAGAUCGCCAAGAACGUAUUAUGGACGAUAUACAUCUUCGCAGCAAGGCUAGUGCUUGACUAUGUCGCUGUGCUCGGCUUUCGGCACACAGGCCUUCGCACAUCUGCGGCUCUGCGACUCAAGUACAUGAGGUGCUUGAUGGCACUGCCGGUAUCUAAAAUAGACGCUGUGCCGCAAGGCCACACAGCUGUUGUCAUCACCAUCACUGCCAGUCUAGUCCAAGAUGGAAUCUCUGAAAAGCUUUGCUUGCUCAUCCAGAACGUUUCUUUGGUCAUCUCUGCAAUCAUUGUUGCUUUUGUGUUUAGCUGGCUGCUUGCUAUCGUCACCAUCAGCGGGCUGGGCUUCGUGCUCCUUGUCUACAUUUUCAGCAUUUACUUCAUCACCAAAAGAUGGAACCUCGUUGCUGAGGCAGACAAGGAAGGAGUUGGUACCGCGAGCGAAGCUCUGAGCUCAAUUCGGAUGGUUGCAGCAUGCGGUGCUGAAGAUAAGGUGACGGAGACCUAUGGCAAGUCAGUUAAGAAAGCUGCCAAGCAUGGGCAGAAGAUGUCCAUUUGGAUCGCUUUACAGUCGUCACUAGGCAAGACUGCUGCUCUCUGCUUCUGGUGGGCCGUGCAGCUGUAUAUGAGACAAAUUAUUAAAGACGUUCAAGUGAUUCUUGUCGUCAUCACAUCCAUCAUGACCAUUGUCAUGUCGGUCGGUGGCAUCUCAGCUCCCCUCGGAGCGGUGAGUCGAGCUGUUGGGGCUGCUGCCAUCUUCUAUGCUGUUAUUGAUGCACCAAUGGCAAAGGCCAAAGAGUUGAAGGCGCCAGAAGUCUCGGCGACGGACGAUAUUGUCCUGAACAAAGUGAACUAUACCUACAUGGCACGGCCUCAAGACAGGGUACUACACAACAUCAGUGUCACAUUCAAAGCCGGAAAGACCACGGCCUUGGUCGGUCCAUCUGGAUCGGGGAAGAGUACUAUCGUUGCCCUCAUAGAACGUUGGUUCCAGCUCAGCGUUGCGGAUCAUGAGGAAGACUAUCACAACAUGCUGCGUAAUGGUACGAUUACCGUGGCCGGACAUAACAUUGAAGAGUUUGAUCUGAAGUGGUGGAGGUCACAGAUUGGCCUUGUACAGCAGGAGCCAUUCCUUUUUAAUGGCACAAUCUUCGAAAAUGUGAGCUAUGGCCUUAUCGGUACGAAAUGGGAAAACGAAACCGAAGUCAAGAAAAGACAACUUGUUGUACAAGCCUGCGAAGAUGCCUUCGCGCACGACUUUAUCUCGCGCAUGCCAUGCGGUUAUGACACCGUUUGCGGUGAUGCAGGCAUACACCUCAGCGGAGGACAACGCCAAAGGAUCGCCAUCGCGCGCUGUAUCAUCAAGAAGCCCACAAUACUCAUUCUCGACGAGGCCACGAGCGCCAUUGAUGUUCGUGGCGAACACAUAGUGCAAGAAGCACUUGACCAGGCAGCAAAGGGAAGAACUACGAUUAUAAUUGCGCAUAGGCUGUCCACCAUCCAAAGAGCAAAUAACAUUAUUGUGCUCAAGAACGGCAUGGUGUCCCAACAAGGCACGCACGACAAGCUGAUGAAGAACAGAGCAGGUCUGUAUUACAAGUUGGUGAAGGCGCAAGUUCUCACCAAACAUGACGAAUCGCAGAAGACAGAGACAAUUGAUACUUCCAUAGAGCUGACGGAGAUCUCAAAUGCAAAAGACGAGCCAGACUGGAGUGCCACCGACGGUAGCGAACACCCAUCAAAGCGGGUCAAGCGAAAGACGUUCUCCAGGCUACGGCGAACCAUCCGCACCUUCAUGCAAAUUAUAAGUGAACAAAAAGGCAACUGGUAUCUGUACGUUAUGAUACUUUUUGGCGCUGCCGGUGCUGGAGCCGCUUUUCCACUACAGGCAUAUCUGAUUGCGAACCUGAUAUCCCUCUUCGCUUUUUAUGGGGAAUUUCUUCGCGAAGCGACCAAUUUCUGGUGUCUCAUGACCGUUGUACUUGCCAUAGGAGUAGGAAUUUGCCACUUUGUCCUCGGUUGGGCGUGCAAUACUGUAUCCUUCCGUAUCAUUGCUUCGUAUCGACACCAAUACUUCCAAAACAUACUGAAACGGCCGAUCGAGUUCUUCGACGAGAAGGACAACUCAACGGGUGCACUAAGUGCCCGUAUUGCGAACGAUCCGGCCCAGGUACAACAAGUCUUAGGCGUCAACGCGGCAUCAAUCAUGACCUGUGUCUUCAACGUAGUAGGAUGCGUCGCGAUAUCCUUCUACUUUAGCUGGAGGCUAUCUGUUGUCGUCGUGUUCUCCACAACACCCAUUAUGCUCAUUGCAGGCUUUAUGCGUGUACGAUAUGAGCGCAAGUUCGAGAAGAUGACUUGGCUAGUAUUCAGCGAGAGCUCCAAAUUCGCCAUCGAAAGCAUCGGCGCGUUCAGAACAGUUAGUGCGCUAACGAUGGAGGACAGUAUCUGCAACCGAUACGACCAGCUCCUGUGCAAGCAUGUGAAUGACGCGUUCUGGAGUUCCAUUGGCUCAACUGCGGUCUUUGCAUUCAGCGACAGCGUUUCAUUGCUGUGUACGGCGUUUGCGUUGUGGUACGGCGGCAACCUCCUUGCGGAGUACAAGCUGUGGCCGUUCAAUUAUUUGGUCGUAUAUCUUGCCAUCGUACAAGGCAGUUUAGCUGCAGGCCAAUGGCUAAGUUUUGGAGCUAACAUUGCGCAAGCCAUAAGUGCAGCUGAGCGCAUUCGCGGUAUGCGACCUGAGCACGAUCGUCACCCCAAUGCAUUCUCUAUAGAAGAAAGCGGGCAGUGGACAUUACCUGGGCUGCAUUUUGAAGACGAAAAGUCUAUGAAAGGUCCAAAAAUCGAGUUGAAGAAUAUUUGGUUCAAGUACCCCACAAGAGAUAUCGAGAAAGGACAAUUCGCCGCGAUUGUUGGGCCAUCGGGUUGUGGGAAGACUAGCAUAAUAAGCCUCCUGGAACGCUUCUACACACCGCAGUUUGGCGAGAUCCUCAUGGACAACAAAUCCAUUCACAGACUUAACCUUGAACAAUAUCGCCGCAUCCUCUCCCUUGUUGCGCAAGAGCCCUCCAUCAUUGCUGGCACCCUGCGCGAUAACAUAACCAUGGGUGUCGCUGACCCUACUACCAUUACAGAAGACGAUCUCGACCGCGUGUGUACUUCCGCAGAGCUGUAUGACUACAUCGUCUCACUACCCAUAACCUACAACACCCUUGUGGGACAAAAAGGUGUCGCUCUGUCCGGUGGUCAGAAACAGCGUUUGAGUAUAGCACGCGCGCUAAUACGCGAUCCACGGCUCAUAUUACUGGACGAAGCGACGAGCAACCUAGAUAGUGAGACUGAGAAGAGUAUUCAAAAGAUCUUCGAGAAGACGGGCAAGGGCCGCACGAUGAUCGUCAUCGCUCAUCGUCUGGCCACGAUACAGAAUGCCGACGUCAUCUUCGUCAUGAGUGAAGGCGAAGUAGUAGAGAAAGGGACACAUCGAGAACUGCUAAGAAAGAAGAGCACGUAUUGGCAGAUGUGUCAGAUGCAGGCUCUGAGUACAUGA